ACUAAUACCUGGCACUAACCUUAGGUAUUGGUGCAAGGUACGACCUAAGUGCCAGGUUCUCCAAUCAACCCGCUAGGUAACUGGUUGAAGUCGUAAGGCUAGGUACUUAGGUACAUAUAAGAUAACCCCACUUUAGCCCUUAUCCGAGCCCACAUUCGAAUUUCUAACUAAGACCCUAUUAACUUUUUCGCAAGUCGCGAACUUUUCUUCCUACAACUCCAAACUACCAACUCACGUCGCCUUCAUCACUUUGCCGUAACGUAAACGUUCGAGUCGUGAAGAAUAUCAGCCAAGAUGUCGUACAACAAGCCCGAGAAGGACUACGCUGGCGAGCAGGCCAAGACGCACAAAAUCCGUAUCACUCUCACCUCUCGCAAGGUUACCGCCCUUGAGAAGGUCUGCAGCGAGCUCAUCGAGCGUGCCAAGAGCAAGGACCUCCGCGUCAAGGGCCCCGUCCGCCUUCCCACUAAGACCCUCAAGGUCACUACCCGAAAGACCCCCUGUGGUGAGGGUUCCAAGACCUGGGACUGCUACGAGCUGCGCAUCCACAAGCGCCUGAUUGAUCUCAACGCUCCUACCGAGACCGUCAAGCAGAUCAUCGUCAACAUUGAGGCUGGUGUCGAGGUCGAAGUCACCAUCGCUGCCUAAGCUGGGAAAUAGAAAAGGGCGAGGAAAUCGGAGUCUUGGAUGGAUCGCACGGAUUUACAGAUACCCAUGUCGUCCUAGCCCAUAUCCUAGAGGUGGCCUGCAACCGAAUAGGUUCAGGAGCACAGCAGAGAUGAAUACAAACAAAAACCGAUAUGCAAGAUGAAACAUUCUAAUCAUUCGUUUCU